UCAAGUCAAGUCAUAUUUUAUUUUCGUACUCGAAUCUGUGAUGGUGUCAUGUUGUGUCAGUGACAAAUAAAAUAAAUGGGUAUCCAACAAAAUACCUUGGAACAAAAGAAUCAAGAAUAAUUAAAUUCUUUACAUAUUUGACGACGUAAGGAUAGUCGUUGAAUAGUUUUCAUAAUAAGUGUUCAAUAGAAAUCACAUACGCAAAGGUAGAGUUGUUUUAACGCGAAAAUAAAUGUUUGUAUAUCACCUGACCUUUGUUUAUUAUCAACGAAAAUUAUUAUAGAAGCUUUAUCGAUGGAUAACAUCACGUCCACGGAGGAGACGACGUGCUCGGAGGGCGAAGAUGAGCCAAAAAUUGCGGGAACCAGUGAAAUUAACCUUGUAAACCAUCACCAAGGUAAUUCCCCACAGCGACCGACUUCCUUCAACGAGCUCAAUCAAAUGGAAGAAAAAAUGCGACGUAAGCUACAGUUUUUCUUCAUGAACCCGAUCGAGAAAUGGAAGGCCAAGAGGAAGUUCCCUUACAAGUUUGUUGUGCAGGUCAUAAAGAUUGUCCUAGUUACGUUUCAGCUUUGUUUGUUUGCACACAACAGAUAUAAUCACGUCAACUACACGUGGGACAACAGGAUCACGUUUUCACAUCUAUUCCUCCUUGGUUGGGACUCCACAAGAGAAAUUAACGCCUACCCUCCAGGUGCUGGACCUCUCGCAGUAUACAAAAUUGAAGAGUUCUAUAACACCUUAGACUACGCUUAUGAUGGGUACAGCAAUUUAACAAAUGCUAUAGGUCCAUACUCCUAUAAUGAUGAAAGCAACAUCAAACCUCCUCCAGUAUUUUGUCAGUACAACUACAAACAAGGUAUAAUCAAUGGCUUUAAUGAGAGUUACGAAUUCAACUCAGAAAUAGUUGAAAACUGCGUGAACUUUACGAAAAAGGACAAUGAAGUGUUUCGUUCCCAAUCAUUUAUUGAGAAAGCAGGCUUAAACAUAAGUUUUGCAUCAUUGGUCCGGGCUAAACUAAUGUUUUCACUGAAAACAAUUAACUUUAGAGCGGCAGGACCGAUCACUCCUCCAGAUUGUUACAGAUUUGAUAUUGAAAUCAUUUUCGAUAAUGAAGACCAUGAUGGACAAAUGUCUCUAAUUUUGGAGGCAGAGCCAUACAAAUUGACUUGCAAAGGAGACACCGCAUACAUUACGGAUAACAAAAUAGAUCAAGUCCUGAGAAGUAUACUGAAUAUUCUAGUUAUCCUGAUAUGUGCUAUAUCUUUUAUUUUGUGCAGCAGAGCCAUCUAUAGAGCUCAGUUAUUGAAGGAGUUAACUGUGCAGUUCUUUAGGAGAGCUUACAACAGGGAUUUGAGUAUGGAAGGCAGACUGGAGUUCCUCAAUAUCUGGUACAUCAUGAUCAUAGUCAAUGACAUACUUAUCAUUAUGGGAUCAGCAAUAAAGGAACAGAUUGAACGAAACCAGUUUACAAAUGACCAGUGGAAUGUCUGUUCCCUCUUCCUCGGUACUGGUAACCUCCUUGUAUGGUUUGGAGUAUUGAGAUAUCUUGGAUUCUUCAAGACUUAUAACGUAGUGAUACUUACAUUGAAGAAAGCAGCUCCGAAGAUCUUCAGAUUCUCAGUUUGUGCGUUGCUGCUGUAUGCUGGAUUCAUGUUCUGCGGUUGGCUAAUCUUAGGUCCGUACCACAUGAAAUUCAGGUCUUUAGCAACAACCUCCGAGUGUCUUUUCUCCUUGAUAAACGGAGAUGACAUGUUUGCGACAUUCUCGAUAAUGUCAAAGAAAUCACCAAUGCUUUGGUGGUUUAGCCGUGUGUACUUAUAUUCUUUUAUAAGUUUGUAUAUUUACGUAGUGCUCAGUUUGUUCAUAUCUGUUAUUAUGGAUGCUUAUGAUACUAUUAAGCAGUAUUAUAAGGAUGGGUUCCCUAAGAGUGACUUGCAGCAGUUUAUUGGGGAAGCGAACUUGGAGGAGGUUUCCUCAGGUCUUUACAGGACCCAAAGUUCAACGUCCCUGAACGCAAUUAUGAAUUCUCUCUUCUGUUGCAAUUUCUACAGAAGUGCAUACUCAAAGAUAGGCGGAGGCAGUUCAAACUUAAACUUAUAAACUCAUUCUUCGUCUAAUGGUGUAAAGUAAAUACACCAUGCUGUAAAUAUUUAAUCAGUUCAUAUUAUUAUCUUAAGAGUGUAUUAGAUAAAUUUUAUUUAUCUAUGUAUUUUAAUAUAUGAUAGGCAGCUAUGUUACAGCAGCAUGGUCCCUAUUGCUAUUGGUUUAGAGUUUGGUAUUGUCUGUUUUAUUUUUAUAGUGAAAUUGUGGGUGUAACAAGGUCUGAUUGUGUGUCCCAUUUUUAGGGCAAGGUAACUGGCACGCUGCACCCUAAUUGUGUAUCACAUAGGUUGUUUACAGUUAUUUUAGAGACACACCUUUGAUAUAAAAAAAUAGUCUUGAAAUGGUUUGACGUCUAAAGUUUGAUUUGACUUUUUAAACUCAAUGUUCAAUAUCGCAAAUCGUGUUAUCCAGUUUUUUUAUUUCCUAUUGUCAUGUUUUAACAACAUUUUUAUAUCUAAAACCCAUUGAUAUAAAUAUAAAUAAUAAUGUCAAGUUCCUCAAUAGUUUGUUAAAUAAUUAUUUAAAAUAUUUGUGUGUCAAAUGAAGAAUUAGAGUAAUUUUAUAAAUGUGACUCAAUUAGGGUACAUAUCUGGGAUAUUACAUUAUGAAUUAGAAUAGUUUGAUCAGUAAACAUUCAAUAUUUUUUCAUGAUAAUAGAUCUUCACUAACUUUACCUAAUUAAUAUUUCUUCUACAUAAUGAAAUGGGCACGCAUAUAAGCACAAUAGAUGUCUAAGUACUUACAUACCUAUUAUAUUUUUGUAUGUUAAAGCAAUCAUGUAAGUACCUAAGUUUGUUUACGCCCACGUUACCUAAGUCACCAAAGAUAAAUCACCAAACAAAUAAAAUCGAAAAAAAAUUGGAGAUUAAUCCAUAAGUUUGUCACUAUUGCCUCAAUUAAUUUAUAAAUUUUGUUUAAAAAUUGGCAAUAAAUUAGCUUAGUUAUAGUAGCUAAUUGCAAAUCAAUCACACGACCAGUGUGAUUUUUUAAUGUAUAUUUUAGUACACCUUGUAUAAAAUGUAAUGAAUACAUUAUUUUUGUAACUAAAA